CUCAACACUACGGCAUCUUCCUCCCGACGGAUUCGCAUUCCUUGAGCAUGCGACCAACCAACACAACCCUUCACUACUCGACAAACGGCCCGCAAGCCAACGGAUGACAAACGGUGCGCAAUGGACAAGCGGUACAAAACAGACAUGCUGGUGAUGGAGCUCUUGGCUCACCAAGACGACCUAUCGACCAACCUAAGACAGCUUCCCAAGCAGUUACACCAAGCCAUCAAAGCAGAAAGACAGCUCAAGGACGCUGCAAAUGCGUGCCUUCAUACAGCUACGCAUGACCGCCAGACAAUCGCAUCAAAGGUUCCGUUUGCCGUACCGGAGGAAUGGCAGCCAAGAAGUCGAAACAGCAGAGGACCUCAGCUUUCCCUAGGGAGACACAACCCCAGCCACAGUACGGUAAUUGCCACGUCAGGCGCGCUAACUGUUCCGGGGAGAAGCGUUGUCAGUGCUGUCGUGACAUGCUGCCUGCGAACUUCAACUGCUUAUACACAUCCUGCGUUCUCGGCUAUCACUGUCACGAUGGGCUCCGCACACGAGUGCAUCCGGGACAGGAGCUUGACAGCAAUGGGAGCUGAGGGACAUUCGGACCAUCAAGCGUAGACGCUAGGGAACGUCAUGGGCGGAGGCGGACGUGAAAGCCUCGGUGCGGGCGUGGCAGCGUGCACCCAGAACGUCUUGGUUUGGAACGCUGCGAAGACAUGUGCUCACGAUCAAGGUGGCACACGAGGUGACUGCAC